CUUAAAAAUCCAAAAAUUUUAAUACUCGAUGAAGCAACAAGCGCUCUAGAUGCAACAAGUGAGGCGGAAGUACAAAAAGCACUUGAUACGGCGGUACUGAAUAGAACAACAUUGGUUAUAGCGCAUCGUUUAUCAACCAUUCGAAAUGCUGAUCUAAUUGUAGUGCUGGAUCAGGGCAAAAUAGUUGAGUCCGGUAAACAUGAUGAAUUAAUGUCGAAACGUGGUUUAUAUUACGAUCUGGUGAGGCAACAAGAGAGACAUAGUGCACAAGAGCAUGAAAAUCAAAUUCCACAAAAACCGAAAGUCCUAAAUGUGGAACAAAAUUUUAAAGAGGAAUUACAAAUUCCACAAGAAAUGAAAUUAGUAUAUAUUGAAUCAAAAGCAAGUCAUAUGUAUAGAUCAGCACAUCACGAGAAGGAACCCAAAGUGGAGCAGCUUGAAAAAGUUAAUAACUUAAAUAUUUCGUCUGCUGAUAUUGAUGAAUAUUUAGAUAAUGAAGGUCCAUAUAUCAGUACGAAUUUACAACAAACGGACAUGUCACAAGAAGGAAACAACCAUCAUAAAAAUCAAAUUCCACAAGAAACGAAAGUUUUAAAUGGGGAACAAAAUGUAAAAGAGGCUGUGGGGACUAACGUUCAGAAACUUAAAGAAAAUAAUAAUUUAAAUGAUUUGUCCACUGAUUUUGAUGUAUAUUUAUCAAAUGAUGAAAGUCCUUAUAACACUACAAAUUCAGAACGACCCGAUAUGUCACAAGGUUGAUUAUUUUUGAUAUAAGAUUAUUCUAAAUAUUAAGUGGAAUUUUAAAAAAAAAAAUUUUGAAUACUUUAAUUUUAUACAUAAUCGAUAUCUCUGCCUUAUGUAAAUUUCCAAGCAUAUAUGUAUAUAUAAAUGUAGUUUAUAACUUAUUUGCUUGAGAAGCAAUAUACAUAUAAGCAAGCCUAAGUGCUGUAGAAGCAAUAUUCAUGAGGAACUGAAAGUGUGUACCUCCAAAUUGUUAACGUUAAUGAUAGUGGCUUUUUGUGAUUAACUAAAAAAAUUUGUUCCAAUAUUGCUCCCAAUACCUAAAAUUCGUAAUAGUAUAAGACUAAAUUAUAAAAGGGAUACGGACAACUGUGCUUGGGCGUUUAGAAAUAUUAUAAACAAAUUACACAGGAUGUUUGUAUAUGUUUUUU